GACAAAUUGGCGACGAGAACCUCGAAGAUCCCGAUCAGAAGAUGACCGACAUGGAUAUUAAAAACGCUCUCCUCCGGCUCAACGAUAUCCUGGCCAACCAGCAGCAGCAGAUGGCAGUUCUCCUGCAGAACAACGCAGCUCCCCAGGCUGAGAAGAAGGAUCCCUCAAUCAACCCUGUGUCCCUCCAUCCCAAGCCUCCCGGGAAGAAGACGAAAAAGAUGAAGAGCAUCAGUUUGGUGAAACAUGUUGACAUCUCCAAAAAGCGCAAAUUUGCUGAGGUAAAUUUGAACGGUGUCAAUGUGAAGCUCCAACUCGACUGUGCGGCUGACAUCACCAUAAUUUCGACGGAAACCUGGGCUUGCAUCGGGAAACCAAAAAUCAACCCUACGAACAUCGUUGCUGUCAGCGCUUCCGGUGACAAGCUCGACUUGAAAGGAGAGUUUAUCACCGAAGUAACCAUCCGGAACGUCUCCAAACAAGGGUGCAUCUACGUUGCCAACCACUCCGAUCUCGACGUACUGGGUAUCGACCUCAUCGAGUUGUUCAACCUUUGGUCGGUCCCCUUCGACUCGUUGGUGAACUCCAUCCAGAAAUCCGAAGACGUGGCACAACGACUGAAGGUUAAGUUCCCCGAAGUGUUCCAGAGUUCCCUUGGGCUGUGCACCAAAGCACAGGUUACACUCUACCUCAAGCCGGAUUCCCGACCAGUAUACUGCCCCAAGCGCCCGGUAGCCUAUGCCGCUCUCCCGAAGGUGGAUGCUGAACUCCAAAGGCUACAAGAACGCGGCAUCAUUUCUCCAGUGCAGUUCUCCAAUUGGGCUGCCCCCAUCGUCGUGGUUCGCAAAUCGGACAACGUCUCUGUUCGAAUUUGCGGCGAUUACUCAACUGGACUCAACGCAGCUCUAGAAUCCGACCGGCAUCCUCUGCCUCAUCCCGACGACAUCUUUACUGCCCUGGCUGGGGCACGCAUUUUCUCCCAAAUCGAUCUGUCGGACGCAUACCUCCAGGUCGAAGUGGAGGAAGAAUCACGCAAACUGUUGACGGUUAACACCCACCGAGGCCUGUUCCAGUACAACCGUCUUGCUCCAGGUAUAAAAUCGGCACCUGGAGCCUUUCAACGCAUAAUCGACUGCAUGGUAGCUGGCAUCCCAGGUGUAAAAACCUAUCUCGACGAUAUUCUGGUAUCCGGACGAACUCAAGAGGAACACGAUCGCAAUCUGGACGCGACCCUUGGAAGGAUUCGUGAUUACGGCAAGAAAGGGAUUCCGAGGAUCCAACACUUCAAGAAAGAUCCCCGGAAAACAACUCUCGAAUCCUGGCCCCUUCCUUCAAAACCGAUGGAGCGAAUUCACAUCGACUAUGCCGGCCCCAUCGAUGGUUUCUACUAUCUGGUCAUAGUUGAUGCCUACUCCAAGUGGCCCGAGGUUUUCCGAACGCGUUCAACUACUACGACUGCAACUUUGGACUUCUUGCAAGAAACCUUUGCAAGAUACGGAUAUCCCCACACAUUGGUCUCCGACAACGGUUCCCAGUUCAUCAGCGCACAGUUCCAACAAUUCUGCAAAGAACACGGAAUCCAACAUCUGACGACCGCUCCAUACCAUCCGCAAUCGAACGGCCAAGCGGAAAGGUUUGUGGACAGCUUGAAACGAGGACUCAAGAAGCUCGCAAAUGGGGAAAGCAUGGCUACAACCCAGCACUUACAAACAUUUUUGUCAGUGUACCGUUCCACGCCAGCUCGAAGCGCUCCUGACGGCAAGACCCCUGCUCAUCUUUUCCUCGGUAGGCAAAUCUCCACCCAAUUGGACCUUCUGAAGCCAACGCUACCAAGCCCAACACGAAUCAACGAUGCUCAAAACGCUCAGUUCAAUAAACAUCACGGCGCUGUGCAAAGGAAAUUCGUCGCUGGAAAUCCGGUUCUGGCCAAGGUUCAUCAAGGGAAUUCCGCCAAGUGGAUUCCGGGUCGGAUCAUCGAACCCAAAGGUAACGUGAUGUACACCGUUCUCCUGGACAACGGUCGACUCAUCCGAUCCCACACCAAUCAACUGAAGGCCUGGUUCAUCGAAACAGCAGCACCGGUUCCAACACCAAAUCUUCCAUUGUCGGUGUUGUUGGAUGAUUUCGUUGUUCCAGUCUCCGGAGCUGACCAAACAGACUCCUUGCGGAAUGAAGACGAUUUGGAUUGUUCCGAGUAUGGCUCACCUCUGCAGUCACCUGAAGUUCCACCACCACGGACAAGACCAACCCGAAAUCGCUGUCCGCCCAAGCGAUUGAGCUCGUACGAUCUUUCUUAAAAAAAGGGAGAUGUGGUAGGCCACGACCACACGACCAAUCAGAAGCUACUAGAAUGUCGCAGCAUGCUAUCAUCACGCUAGGGGUACUUGCUGGUAUAAAUACCACCCCUUGUGUGAAAGAUCUGUCAUUCAGUUGUCACACUUUCUCGAAUAAACAUAUACUUUAGUUUA